AUGCUUCGUUAUUUUAUCCCCGGUGCAGUGCUUUGCCUCUUGGCAUCGGCUUCUGACUUCGUGCCCCGCGCUGCACCUGGCGUUGGCGAGAGCUUUGGCUUGUAUGCCUAUGGUGACUCUAUUGGUGGACUUUCAAUUUUCUAUGCCGAUGGCAAGGCUUUUGUCGGUGACCCAUCUAAUUCGACUUCAUCGUCCGCUGUUCCGGUUUCUUUCGAGCGGCCCUCGUCAUCUUCGAGCGAAUGGAUUGCCAAUCCCAACACCACAUCCUCUGCCACUACUACCGACCGCUGGUCCGAUGAAUUGCUGUACAUUCCCAGCUCAUCAUCUUCUUCACGCCAAAUGGGUUUCACUUCGAAAGCCGAGUCCAACGAGACCACUACUGGCUUUAUCUUCUAUGGGCAGUGGGUGAUGGUCGAGACAGAAUCUGGGGAUAUCUCCUCCAGCUUCUAUGUCAAGGCUUCGUCCGAGGGCGAGGGCGAGGGUGUUUAUUCUCUACUGUGGAAUGCCACUGAUGAUGAUGCUGCUAUCCCAAUUUCUCUGCGAUCGGUCAAGCCUUCAAACUCGUGA